CCACCGGUCCAGCAUGCAAAGUGAAGAGUCCAGCAAUGUAUACGAAAACAUGGAGAAUGUUAGAUUUUAUGCAGUUCCCAAUUUGGAAGGCACAAGAGGGGAAGAAGUUUAUGACCAAACUGAGGAAGCCUCACUGUCCCCUUCUCCGACUGCUACACCAGAUGGGGUGUAUGCAAUCUGUACAAAGAGCCCUGAAAACAGCCAAAGUAGCUCGGUCUCCUCUCAGCAUGGGUACGAUGUGGGAGAAGAGUCUGAUUUUUCUCAGCAAGAAGACCAACAACACCAGGAAGAUAUUCAGCUGCUGAGCCCAAGAGAGGGUGACCAAAGUACAGCAAGUAUGGCAUUUGAAUACGAAGUCACGGCUUUGGCCGAUUCCAGUCAGAAGAAGGUCCAAGGCAUGUCCAAAAACUUCUCCACUACUGUCAGGUUUCCACACUACAACUCAGAAGAAAACAACAACUUUCCAAAAGAGGAUCAUGAAAUUUUCCUCAUAGUCAAAGCUGGUGUGGAUGGAGAAAGCAUUGGGAACUGUCCUUUCUCACAACGUCUCUUCAUGAUUCUGUGGCUUAAAGGGGUUGUGUUCAAUGUAACCACAGUUGACUUGAAAAGAAAGCCAGCAGAUUUGCAUAAUUUGGCUCCUGGAACCCACCCUCCAUUUCUGACUUUUAAUGGCGAAGUCAAGACAGAUAUCAACAAAAUCGAGGAAUUCUUAGAGGAGACCCUUUCGCCUCCCAAGUAUCCAAAGCUGGCGGCCAAGCACCGUGAAUCCAACACUGCAGGGAUAGAUAUCUUCUCCAAAUUCUCAGCAUAUAUCAAAAACACCAAGCAACAGGACAAUGCCAGUCUGGAGAGAGGCUUAACCAAGGCUUUGAAGAAGCUGGAUGACUACCUGCGGAAUCCUUUGCCCGAAGAGAUAGACGCAGGCAGCACAGAGGAGGAGAAGGUGUCCAAACGCAAGUUCCUGGAUGGGGAUGAGUUGACCCUCGCAGACUGCAACCUGCUGCCCAAACUUCACGUCGUCAAGAUCGUCACAAAGAAAUAUCGAAACUAUGAGUUCCCAGCAGAGAUGACUGGACUUUGGCGAUACCUGAAGAACGCCUACGCUCGGGACGAGUUUAUCAAUACUUGUGCCGCCGACAAAGAAAUUGAAAUCGCAUAUGCCGAUGUAGCCAAACGGCUCAGCAGAUCGUAAUCGAAAACCUACAAGACCAGAUUCUCCAAAGGAUUCCCGUUUCAUAUUCUUCUUUGUGAGGCCUUCAAAUACAUCUAAUAUAAUGCAUAAUAUAAUAUAAUUACA